CUACCAAACCCUUUAAUUGACAUCUAACCGGACUAUCACUUCCCGAGGAGAGGAAUAGGGCGCCCAAUAGGCGCUCAAGGGAGGCGGGGCUUCUCCAAAGGGUUGUGGAGUUGCGAGUCAUCGAAUGGUCGGUGUUUGAUUGCGGUCGCCUGCUUUCCGGUUGAAGAUGGCUGCCCAAGCUCCAGAGUUGUUGAAACACCAUCAACAGGAAAAUGUCUGUUUUACACGGCCCAAGUACCGAGAGGGUCGAAGGCUGAGAGCUGUUAAAGUGUACACUAUAAAUCUGGAAUCAAGACACCUGCUAAUACAAGGAGUGCCAGCUGUGGGAGUCAUGAAGGAGCUGAUUGAACUCUUUGCUUUAUAUGGAAUCAUUGAAGAGUAUUCUGUGUUGCAUGAGUACCCAGCUGAGGAGUUCACAGAAGUUUAUCAUAUUAAAUACCAAAGAUUACAGAAUGCGAGAAUAGCAAAACGCAAACAGGAUGAGCGAAGUUUCUUUGGUAGCUUGCUUCAUGUGUGUUAUGCCCCAGAGUUCGAAACAGUGGAGGAUACCAGAGAAAAAUUAAAAGAGAGGAGAAGGUACAUAAUAAGAGCAACAAGUAACAAAGAUAUAGACCUGUGCAAGGCAGAAAAGAAAGUUGGAAAUCCAGUCACAUUACCAAAUAUCGCAAGGGAAAAAUAUGAGCAUUGUGAAAGUUUGGAACCCAACCAGCAAGAGUGGAAUACAGGUUCCAUGUAUGGUUACCCAAUGUUAUUGCCUCCACCACAACCAAUCAAUCAAGUAUCUUCAUCCAUAUCAAGGGUCAGACAAGAAUAUUCUCAAAUAUCUUCAUCACAUGGAAUAAUACCGAAAGACAUUCCUCUUUAUACAGAAAACUCAUCAUGUUUUGAAUCUGAAUUACCUUGUUUUCACAACCAGCAUUUGGACAAAUCUUCUGAUUCUAAGGAGUCUCGGACUUCAGAAAGAGAAAGCCGGGUCCCUAAUGUUAGGACUUGUGUCUCCAGAUUUGUUCCCAGGAUAGCUCAACUGCAGGACAGGAAGAAAAUAAAUCAACAAAUGAACAUUAAUAUAUUUGAUGGAUUGGAUACAGAUAGUACUACUGUGUUAUUAGGACCAAAACUUCCGGAAAUGCCAAAGGUGGACAUGGGGGAUAAUUCCUUAAAUGUCUCUGCUACUUUGAUCAGAAAUAAACUUACAGAGGUGUUGUCCGUUUCUACAACAGAAGCUGAAGUAUCACAAAUAAAACCACCAAAGCAACGUCGAAGAAUCUAAAGUUGAACUCCCUGAAAGAUGAAAAGAAGAAUGGUCUUGCUAUCAUAAUAUCUUGUCACAUCUCAAACACUUCACAUACAAUGUAUCACUUUGAACAGAAGUAGCUCUUGCUAUGUAGGCAAAGACACCAGCCCAUUUUAUGCAGAAGAUGACUGACUCCACAAAGACCACAGAUGAAUUGAGAUGAACAAUAACAAUUUUGAGUUAGGAGAGGAGGGUUGCCCACAGAUAUCGACAGAGCUUCCACUUUUCAAACAGCACUAUGUGAUCUUUAAUGUCUGCUAGAACAGGCAGAAGCAGCUUCGAUUCAGUGUCUCAUCAGAAGUAUCAUAUCUUCACCAACACAGCAAACCUUCAAUAAUGCCCUGGAAUGUCAGCUUAGAUAAUGUAUUCAUUUCCAACACUCUACCAAUUGGUGUAAUGAGGCCAUACUUAGAAAAUUAGAGUGUAUGCAAUAAAAGGAGUUUAACAUAAAUUCAGAAUGGUGAACAUAAUGAAGAACAAAGAAAAACAUAUAAAGAGAGAACCAAAGGCACAAAGUGCAUGUAAGGUGCAUAUAGAAGAGAGCGAGAUGGUGGGUAACAACAUGAAAAAAAAAAUCGUGCACCAAUACAAAAGCAAGAAAAUGUUUGCAGUUAUACAGAGUGAAAGACAUACAAGAGGAAGAGGUUGCUUUCUUGAAGAUAGGCACAUUUUCAUUUCAGCAUAGAAGCCAGUGUCACUGGAGAUAGCUGCAUUUUAAAACAACCAAAACAGAGAACCUUUAUUUUUUACCCCGAAACUGCUAAUGAGUUUAGAAAUGUAUACACAUUUUUUUUUGCUAAUUGUGUGAUUUUCCCAUAACCUUCUAAAAUAGAUAUGGGUCAGUGAAAUGGAUCGUUUGCUGAUGGGAGAGAAGAACUGGUUUAAUGGAUUGAAAAAUGUGUAUAUGUUUAUUAUUUGUUCUUAGGAUAUGGGUGAUAUUGGUAAGGUGGCAUUUACUGUCCAUCCUUAGUUGCUAGUUGCCAUGCAUAUGUGGUGGUGAGCCUUCCUGAAUGGCUGCAAUCCUGUGGUGAUAGUCAUUUACAAUAGGGAAUUAUAGAAUAUCAACUUGGUGCCAGUGAAGGAAUUAGGAUAUGUGCCCAGUGGGGAUGGUGGAGAGCUUAGAACUGAUAGUGUUUAAUGAAUUUGUUGUAUUUAUUCAUGGUGAUAGAGUUCAGAGAGGUUUUUUAAUGAAAUAUUAGAAUACACAAUUGUAAAUAUACUAGUGGAUCUCCAGUGACUUUGCUUAUAUUAUUCUCUCUGUUGUGCCUGUAUCAUUCUCAUGUAGCUAAUGGUGAAUCUGUUGCGAUUACGUUUUUUUGAGUUUUUUUUUGUGCACCUGUCGGUUUUUCUUUAUGCAUUCUUUAAGGUGGGGAGAGAUAUGUAUCAAACAUUUAGAGUAAUAAUGGAAAGUAACAGGAUAGAGAACAUAUUUUAGCAGUCUGUGUUCCUAUAGUAAUUUUGCUUUUGCACUCUAGUAGAGGUACUGAUUUGCAGGCCAUGUGCUUUUAUUCCCAUUUUUUUUAACUGAACGUUAUUAGCAUUUCCUGUGUAGAGAUUGAGCAGCAACUAAUGUCGCAUUGCUAUCUGAAAUAGACAACUCUAGAUACUGAUUUUCAUAGGCACUCAAUAAGAAAUGAAAUUUCUGUGCCAACCUGUAUUCCAAACCCAAAUGACCACUAAAUUUGUCAUUCAGUCUAAUGUAAUUGUGACUUGUGCAUAUGAUUUUUAUUAAAUUAAUGUAUUAAUGCUUGGUCACUAGAAAAAUAUACACUGAAAAUUGCCUUUGAAUAAUAAAAAAUCAUUGUUAAAA